AUGGCUUCGUCUAUUAUUCGUUUUCUUCUUGUUCUGAUCGUUUCUGUUUCUUUCUCCAAUGCUCAGUUACCUACACAUCCUGGAAUAGUCUUCGAUCUCGAGAGAGAUUCAUCAACCCUCCAAUAUUUGGUUAAAAUCAACCAAGGAACCCCUCAACGGGAAGUAAAGCUAGUUGUUGAUUUUGGCGGAAAGUUACCCUGGUUUGCUUGUCAUGGGGGAUACUAUUCAUCAUCGCUACGGAAAGUCAGUUGCACGUCAUCCCAAUGCUCUCAAGCAGAGAAACCAGUCAGUACAUGUGCUGAUCCUAAAAUAUGUAGCAUUUCUUUAAGAAACCCAGUAACUCGGUCCGUUGGCAAAGGUGAACUCAUUUCAGAUAUUGUGACCGUCAAAUCUGACCCUGACAACCAACAAACACCAGUUCCUUCGAGUCGCAACGUCGCUUUCGGUUGUGCAGCUACAAGUAAUAUCUUAAGUGGACUUGAUAAAGCUUCUAAAGGAGUGGCUGGUCUUGGGCGUUCAUCGGCUCUUUCUCUAGCUUCACAGUUUGCUGUUGGUUUUCAAUACCCAAACAUAUUUGCUGUGGAUUUACACGAUAGUGUUAGGGAUGAAAAAGUACUUGAAACAACUGGUAAGAUUUAUUUUGGAGGCGGACCUUACAUUCAUUAUUUCUGGGGCAUUUCGGAUUUGGCCGAUAGAGUUUUAACGUACACCCCACUCUUGAUUAACCCAAAAAGCGAGGAAGAAUAUUUCGUCGAUGUUAAAUCGAUCAAGGUGCACGGUGAAACUUUACCAAUAAACAACAAAUUAUUGUCCAUCAACAAGACAACCGGAAUUGGAGGAACUAAGAUCGACAUUCGAAUUCCAUACACUACUUUGGAGACAUCAAUCUACAACGCCUUCAUUAAGGCUCAUACUGAAUGGGUCGAUCGCUUGAACAUUGCUAAUGCCGAACUUAUGGAUUUCCCCAACAUUACUAUGGUUGCCGCAGUUGCUCCGUUUACCACCUGCUAUGACUCAUCCACCAUUAUUCUCCGCGGGCCAUCAGUUGUCAAUAAUGUGGCACCAAGUGUAUCUUUCGUCUUUCCCACGAGUGUAUGGAACAUCUCGUUUUUCGAUCUAGUCAUAGCCAAGGAGGGUGUCGCCUGCGUGGGCUUUGUUGAUGGUGGUUUAAAUCCUAUGACUUCUAUUGUUAUAGGCGCCCGUCAGAUAGGAUUCCUAGAGUUUGAUAUUUCAAGAUCGAGACUGGGAUCUGACAAGGCUGUUCAUAAAUUUUCUGAGCAGGCUGAUUACGACGCUGAAAAUGAUUGA